UGAACUUCUGCUAAUAGGCAACUCUGACAGCCGCAGAAGUAGGGUUGUCGCCGGCCAUCAGCAAUCCAAAUGAACUCCUACGUACACACAGCCACAUCCAUAUAGCACACUGAAAGAAAAACAAGAAACCCAACCCGACACCGAAACUGAAUAGACGCAAAUACCGAACCAACGAGACCCUUUCCAAAGACAAGUCCAAAAUGGCCAAAAUGUACGGAAAGGGUAAGACUGCGAUCGAGUCAGAGGAGCAGCAGAGGCGACGCUGGCAGAUCGAGCUGGAGUUCGUGCAGUGCCUGUCCAACCCCAACUAUCUCAAUUUCCUCGCCCAGCGCGGAUUUUUCAAGGACCAGUCGUUCAUCAACUACCUGAAGUAUCUGCAGUACUGGAAGGAGCCGGAUUAUGCCAAAUACCUCAUGUACCCAAUGUGCCUCUACUUCCUCGACUUGCUGCAGUACGAGCACUUCCGCCGCGAGAUCGUCAAUUCGCAGUGUUGCAAGUUCAUUGAUGACCAAGCCAUUCUCCAGUGGCAGCACUACACUCGCAAGCGGAUCAAACUGAUCGAGAAUGUGACGGCCGCCCAGCAGCAACAACAGCAGCAACAGCAGCAGGCUAACGGGGUCGAGGCUGCAACGGGAGGUGAAGCAGCGGCAGCCACGCCCAACGUAAAUGGAGCAGCAGCUACGGCGGAUUGCCAACAGACGGCCACUGCAUUGCAGCCAGUUCAAGCUCAGGCGGGGAACCCCCAACAGCAGCAGCAACAAAUCAAUGGCCUUUCCACAGGGGCCAACAUAAAACUAGAGUUAAACUAGCGCUGGCAACUAAGAGUUUACCAAUAAAAUAGUCUAAGAACCAGGAAUAAAAUAGUUUUUAUUCCAGACACUAA